AUGUUCCUAUAUAAAGUCCAAAAUUCUAUUAUUAAUUUAAUAUCAUUUAAAUUACCCAAAUUUUUUUACAAAAUAUACUUGCCAAGGUGUUCCUCAAAUUCUAAUUUUAAUAUUAAUAAUACAAGGAUACUGUCGAAUCUCGAUAUACAGAUCCUCUCGAUUUUUGCUUCGAGACUUUGUAUGUCAGAUCAAGGGGCCGUUAUAUAUUGGACUUUUAGAUGGAUAUCUUUUACCAGUCGAAAAGUAUACAUAAGAUACCAUUUGUAUCUUCUAGUAGAGACAGGGCAUUCAUUUUCAUAGAUCUCUCAGGAAUGUAUGAGGUAUAGAAUAGAGCCAGUCCUUUUAUCAGCACUUUGCCGGUAAACUAUUGUUAAAUUAAUCACAAGAUUAUAGACAGCCAUAUUUGAAUCAUAAAAAAUAUUUUGAAAAAUUUUCAAAUUAAAAAUGGAAUCUUUAAAAAUUAUUUUUCUACUUGCUUUUGUUUUAAUGAUUGGAGGACUUGUUUUUGCACAAAUGGAAACACAACUUGAAGGAGGAAGCGGAGAACGAAGUUCAAAUUUCUAUAAAAAUUUAAAAUAAUUUUUAGUUAAACGCUUCGGAUAUUGGAGUGGAGGCGGUGGAGGUCGCGGAGGAGGACAUGGAAUACAUGGAGGUGGAGGAGGAGGGCAUCACGGAUGGCAUUAAAUAUGCGGAACAUUUAAAUAUAAAAAAUUGUUUUAUAAACAAAUUUAAUACAU